AUGAGCACAACUUCUGUAUAUACAUACACUGUUCACGAUGAAUUUAGCGUUGCUAUGCGUGUAAGGUGUUGUUCAGCUGAUGAUUUAUUUGCCAUACAUGCCCUAUACUGGCAUUCAGCUAAUAAAAUACAAUUUUUAACACUUUUUCAUAUCUUGUUGGAAGCUCAGGGUGAUGUUUAUAAAGUCAAUAGUUUAUCGUGA